CCCGAGCCUGCCCCAGUCCAGGGCCCGCCCCGCCUGCGCACCGCGUGAGACCGCGGGGGCGGCACCGGCGCCUUCCUGCUUUGCCCUUGUUUGGCGACCCGGGAGGCCGGCCCACGGCUACUUAAACCACGGCGCUGGAGAGGGUGCCAGAACAGACGGCUGGGGCAGUGCGGCCGCCGCGAGAGCCCGGGGAGCGCGCGCAGGGAGAGGGGAAAGGAGAGGAAGAGGAACGGGAAGAGGGGAAAGGAGGCUACCAAGGGCCAACAUGGGGCUGGAGGCGGCGCGAGAGCUGGACUGCGCGGCGCUGGGCGCGCUGCUGCGGGAGCCUUGGGAGGCUGAGCGCACGCUGGUGCUCGACUGCCGUCCCUUCCUGGCCUUCUGCCGCCGCCACGUGCGCGCCGCGCGCCCUGUCCCCUGGAACGCGCUGCUGCGCCGCCGCGCACGGGGCCCGCCCGCCGCCGCCCUCGCCUGCCUGCUGCCAGACCGCGCACUACGGGCGCGCCUGGCCCGCGGAGAGCUGGCGCGGGCCGUGGUGCUGGACGAGGGCAGCGCCUCGGUGGCGGACCUCCCGCCUGACGGCCCGGCCCACGCGCUGCUCGCCGCGCUCCUGCACGAGACCCGCGCGGGACCCACCGCCGUGUGCUUCCUGCCAGGAGGCUUCGAUCGCUUUCAAGCCUGCUGCCCCGAUCUGUGCUCUGAGUCCCCGGUCCCCGCGAUGACGCCUGACAACAACGACAACAGCCGAUCCGACUCCUUGGCUCCCUCUUAUGACCAGGGCGGCCCCGUGGAGAUCUUGCCCUACCUAUACCUGGGCAGCUGCAGCCACUCGUCAGACCUGCAGGGCCUGCGGGCUUGCGGCAUCACCGCCGUGCUCAACGUCUCGGCCAGCUGCCCCAACCACUUUGAGGGCCUCCUGCGCUACAAGAGCAUCCCUGUGGAGGACAAUCAGAUGGUGGAGAUCAGCGCCUGGUUCCCAGAGGCCAUUGGCUUCAUUGACUCAGUGAAGCACAGCGGGGGUCGCGUGCUGGUGCACUGCCAGGCGGGCAUCUCGCGCUCCGCCACCAUCUGCCUGGCGUACCUGAUACAGAGUCGCCGCGUGCGGCUGGAUGAGGCCUUUGACUUUGUGAAGCAACGCCGGGGAGUCAUUUCCCCCAACUUCAGUUUCAUGGGGCAGCUGCUGCAGUUUGAGACUCAGGUGCUCUGUCACUGAGGCCGGGCCCCACCAUGCUGACCCCACUAGGGUGGAGGUCGCAAAGCUGUCUGAUUCCUGGGGACAGCUGGGGCCCCAGCUCCCCACUGUGCCUUCCACCUCAGGGACAGCUGCCCCUUUGGAGUUUGAGAAGCCUCCAGGUGGGGGCGCUGGAAACACAGGGAUGCUGGACUUUCUCACCUGGUGCUCUUCUGCUAGAGGGUUGAGGGCCAGCCCUCAUCCUCAUCCUGGAAGGAGAUUGGAGGCCGUGUCUGCCUCCCUCCUCCCCCGUCCUCUGGCAGAAACUAACUGGACUCUACACCCUCGACUCCCACUGGUCCCACCACCCCGUUGGAGCUCUUGGCAGCCUGAGGGCUUUAAGGAACAAGCUGUGACAACCAGGGCCCCUUUCUAGGGGGUGGUCCACCCCAGGGCCUGGAGCCUGAGCCCUGUGCCGGGGCUCAGGGAAGUGACGCCGAUGCUGUGUCUGAACUUCUUGCUUGCGUGUGUGCACAGGAGUGUUUCACGCCUGUGUUGGCGCUGGAAAGUUAUUUGUGUUCAACUGACAUUUAACACUCCCUCCUCCACUUCCUCCCAGCCCUGUGGGCAGCGGGGAAGGUGGACGGGUUUGGAAACUUAGCACUUUAUAUUUAUACGGAACAUUGAGUAUGUGUCAAUAAAAUAUUGUUUUGUUUAAGAAACAA